AGCUGUCGAAGCCAAGUCCUCCUCUUGAAGGUGUUGAUGCCCAAGGAGGUGAGAAAGGGUUUGUGGCGGAAGUUGUGCCAGAGAUAAGCAUGGUAUCCUAUUGUGAAGAAGAGGCUGAGAGGAACUAAUAUGCUGUCCAGACUAGACUUCCACUACAAAUUAUACAUAUAUAUAUGGGUGGUGGAGUUUUGAUGUCAUCAAACAUCACAGAAUUAAUUAAAGGUAAAGCAUAUUUAUAUGCGUUCAACGUGGACCAAAUACUUUCUCUUUAUCCUUCCUAUCCACAUUCCAUGCCAUUGCCGCCCGCCAUUAACUUGUAAUAAUUAAUAGAGAUAAUUAAACUCCCCUCCUCAAGAUCUUUCAUAAUUCCCAAUUGUGCUUUCAUGAGAGUUGGGACUGAGGUCAUGGUGCAACAGAAUUAUGUAGCCUUAGAAUUGAAAUUGAUACUUCUAGCAUCCUCUACUUGCAAGUCAAUUGAACUGGAACAGUGUGCUCACAAAAAAGUUUCAAUUUCUUCAAUGUAUCAUUUGAACCAAACAUCAAUUUGGGUUCUCUUUCUGGAUUACAACCCAUACUUAUCUUGUAUUUUCAUUGACCAGAAUGGCUAUUUCAGACUAGUUUUGGAUAGAAAAGGGGGUGCCUAUCCAUAGUGAAAAACGGGGAAUUUCAUCCCAUGUAUGGUACAGUGGACUUUAAUUGCUGAGGAAAGCAUAAUAAUUUUGGUGGAAGGAUUGUCGUUACGAUAUCUUUGUGCAAUUGCACUUAUGAUUUUGGCCUCUUCUAAUUGGGUUUCUCGGAAGCAAGUCUGCAUUUGACCAAAUUGCACUUGGGGCUUGGGAAUCCUUUGGUGUCUAAACAUUACAUAUCUCACUUGAAGUUUCACUGUCUGAAGGCUCCAUUUCCAUCGUGCUCUAGAUAUUUAAGAAUUGUUUGGAAAUGUUGCCUUCGUUAGAACAGAGAGUCAGCUAAUAUUCAUAGUGAAAUGCAAAGUCGGACUGGACUUGUUGAAGCUAUUAUUCUUGAGGUGAAAGACAGAGAAAGGAUUGGGGAUUCAUAUUCAAAAUCUGGUAUGAUGUGGAAGAACGUGGUGAAACUGGAGCUUUAUCGCAAGUUUACAAAUUCUCUUGCAGUUUUUGUUCUGGUCGCUAUUGCUUGGCUUUAUUUCAAUGCUAGUGACCCACUUAAUGAGCUGUGGAGAAUUGUGUGGAUAAUUCCAGCUUUCUGGAUUGUGCUUGCAUUCUUUCUGCUGGCUGUAGUAUGUGUACUUUGGGCUCCAUCACACCAUCGCACUAGAUAUGCUUAGACUGGGGAAACCGGCGAUAGCUUGGAUCAGGAUGCCCUUCCACAGACGAAUGACGAGUGGUGUGGACAUGGGUGCCAAGGUUGAAAGGAAGGAGUGCCCUGACAGAUGACGCGAGUGGAGUUUUAAGGGACAAGGAUGAGGAGUAAAAGCGAGAAUAAAUGAGUCGAUGGGGCUAGGUCCAGGUGAUGGGAAUUUGCAUAUAUGUACAUAAUGUAUAUGAUUGAGAAAUAGUUAGAUGAAGAGUGGAAGGAAAAGGUGUGAGGCGUAUGCGAAUUUCACUCCACUCAUUAUCCAAAGAUCCAUCAGAUUGUA